AAUUAAUUUGUGCGCGCAAGUUGUAAAUUUUUUAUAUAGAAAAAAAAGAAAAACUACAAUUAAUAACAACAAGAAAAAAAAAAAGGAAGAAAAUUAAAAUUUUAUUUUUGUUUAUUUAUUUUGUUUCAAUUUUGAAAAGGCGUCUUAAUGUUGUUUUACUAGUUUAAAAUUGUUGUAACAUAAAUUAUAUUAUUUAUAAAUGAUGUGAUCAAUAAUAAUUAUUAAUUAAAUAAUAUUUUAUUGAAAAAAGAAAAAAAAAUUCCAUUAAUUGAAAAGCAUAAACAAUCAGAUUUUUUUUUUGUUUUCAAUGUCAAAAUGACAAAACCAAUUUCUGACAUUUCAACUAUACAAAUAUUUGAUACCGGUCCACCUAUUCGGACAUCAAUAAAUCGAACUGGAUCAAUAUUUUAUCAAAAUGAUACGAAUGAAAAUGAUUUUAAUGAUGAUUUUCCAAUAACAAUUAUUAAAAGUAAAAGUAUUGGAAUUAUUGAUGAUCUUUACAUUUGGAUAUUUUUAUGUACAAUAAUAUUAUUUGGGAUUUUACUUUCAAUUACAACAAUUGGAAUAUUAUUUCGUGCUAGAUGUAAUGGUACACGUUAUCUUCUAUUACAAUUAACAUUCUGUGAUUUAUUCAAUUUAAUAAUUUGUGGCCUUGAAUUUUUCUAUAUGAAUCAUAGAAAAUGGAUAACUCUAGUCGAAUUAUGCCCAGUAUAUUUGGGUAUGGAUUCAUUUACAAAUACAGCAGCUAUUUAUUUUAUAAUUGCAAUUAAUUUUCAUACAUUAUCAACAUAUAAUUUGGCUGUUAAAGAAUUAAUUAAAAAAGAAAUUAAAGAGAAUCAAUAUUUAGAAUUAUUACCAGAACCACCAAUAACUGAAGGUGAAAGAAAUGAAAAUAAUGAUGGAGUUGAUAGUAGUGGUAAUAUAUUAAAUGAUGGUUAUUUAGUUGCUUUACCAACACCAACAGAAAGUGUAAGGUCAUUAACAAUUGAUUAUAGUCAAAAGAAAGUUAGUGUUGCUGUUAUUUUACCAGCUCUAUUUAUAUGGUUCAUAGCAGCAUCAGUUUCGAUACCAUUCUUUGUAUUUGGAAUGGUAAUACCGAACGAACUUCAUCCACGUAUAUGUGGUGUAAUGAAUUUUGAUACAUUUAGUAGUCAAUUAAUGCAAGGACUAAUGAUAGCAAUCAGAAUUAUAAUACCAACAAUAUUACUUAUUAUUACAUUAAUUAUAAUAUCAUUUAAAUUAUAUAAUUUUAAUACUAUAAAAAAUAUAAAUAAAAAGAAAAUAUCAGAAGAAUCAACAACAGAUGAUGGUUAUGAAAAUAUUGAAUCAGAUUUAAUAAUGAUUAAUAUUGAAACAUGCGGUUUAGAUGAAAAUAUAAGAAUAGUUUUAAAAUUAUCAUUUACAUUGUCAAUAGCUUUUAUAAUAUUAGGUUUUCAAAAAAUGUAUGGAAGUUUAUUAUUUGAAUUAAUAUCAAAACCAUUUAUGCAUUUUAAAUAUCCAAAGAUGAUCCCUUUAUUGGGUCUAAUAUUUACAUUAAUUAGUUCUUUAUUACCAGUUAUUAGACCCAUAUUAUAUUUUAAACAUGAUAUUGAAUUAAGAAAUUAUUUACAAUUUUGGAGAAGAAAGAAAAAGAAAAAUAAUAUUAGAAGAUGAAUUUAUUUAGGUAUAUCUUUUUUGAAUUUAUAAAUAAACAAUUUCUGCAGAAAGGCAUUUCUGCUCUAAAAUUGUUUAAAAAACUAAAAUAUAUUAUUUUUAAAUGUAAUAAUUUGUUGAAAAGACUGAUUGAUGAAUUUGUAAAUUAUAAUUUAACUUUAAACAAUCGAAGAAAAUGUAAAAAUUUUAAUUUGUUUUAUAAUUUUUAAUAUGAAUUGUUUAAACAAAAAAACUGGAAUAUUGAAUAUUAUCUAAGGAUGAAGUUUAUUUAAAAUAAAACUCGUAAA